CAUCAUCAUCAUCAUCAUCUCACUACUUCUUUGCCCCGUCGAUCAGGGCAAGUAGUGGGAUCAUCUCGAAAAGAUCUGGCAAAAUCUUUCUUCACGCAGCGCCCAUUGUCAUCCUCGCUUACUGGUCCUCACACACACACAUAACCUUUGCCACCCAAGCACACGUCCUCCACCCAUGUACACCCCUCCACGUCGCGCACUCGUUCCUACCUCCAACCAUCCCAAUAUCCCUUCAUCCACUUUCGCUUACAGGAUGGACAAAGAGAUGGACAUGGCCAGCGCAUACAGCAGUAUAGGACUCAAGAUGGAAGAGAGUGAUUCCGAAGUCUCCUCCUGUGCACCUUCACCUUGCCUGGCGACGCGUGAAGGGAGAUGCUUCUGCGGCAGAGAUGUCACAGGAAGCGAAGGGGGCAUCUAUUGCAGUGUCGCUUGUGCACGUUCAGAUGCCUUUUCAUCACUCUGCUAUCGAUCCAACGGGCCUAACGGGAAUCUGUCAUCUAACACCAGCACGUCAUCAUCCUCCCAGCAACCCACUUCGCAGCCUCUAUCUCGCACUCCCUCCGCCAAUUCGACCGCGUCGAGUUCCGAAGACUGGACAGCAUCGCAUUAUCGUCGUCUGGCUCGCGCUGAAUCACGACGAGAUGAGAGGCGCGAAGAGAGGAAACGGAGACGUGCAGAUGGUCUCAGUACAUCCUCAUCCUCGAGUGCGAGUCGAAGCACUGUCGUCUCAACGUCAUCCUCUGCUUCUCGCAACGUCCCUGAACUCGUUGGUGGUGGACACGCUCGCAAUCAUUCCGUCGCCAGCACAGCCUCUUCAGCUUACACCGUUUCCUCACUCUCUCGUAACCCCUCCCUUGCGUCCACUGCAAGCUCUCGACGACACCCCGGCAUUCACGUCGAUAGCGUCAUCAUGGAAGAUGAUGAAGAGGUGUGGAUGAAGCCGAUGGACAGUUCGAAACCAUAUGCUACGCCUCAUCGUAAGACUCACCGUCGUAAAGGAUCCGCUUCGGCCUUGUCACAGAGUCGAAAGAAACGCUUGGAGGGAUUGGGGAUGGGCAAAGAUAUGCGGGAUGUCCUGGAAGAGAUCAUUCGGAUGGAAAAGGGCUUUUCAUUGCCUGAUCAAGUGGAUCGGCUGGACCCCGUCGAUAAUGAAGGUCCCCCUCCUGGACUCUUCACCGCCGCUUUCGAUCGACCACCGCGGACUCCCAGUCCCAUGAUGGUAGACAGAAAGGGUCAAGCACCCGGGGCACCCAAAGUGCACCGACGAUCAAUCACUUCGCACCAUGGUGUCCCUCUUGAUAUGUCGAGUGAUAUACGCGGCCUGCCACCUCUCCCACCCACAACCUCUCGACCCGCAAGCUUUGUAGGAGGUCAUCAUUCGUCUUUAUCUGAAAGUCAUACCGCCUUGUACCUCGCCACGGCUUCUCCUGCUCGACACAAUCUCCAUCCAUUCGAAUUGAUGACGGGGGUUCCGGACCGUCGAAGUGCCUCGCCAAAACUUCAAGCCCGGCGAUCCUUGACAUUCACUCCUGAAGCCGAUGGACCCAGCAUAUCCACUUUGCCCUCACAUCCCGCCAUGCGAGAUUCCUUCAACGCAUUGACGCCUUCGAAACGAAGAGGAAAUAUCUCCCCCUCCGCGUUUCACCCUUCAAUGGACGGAUGGCGUUUUCCAAGUUCAGUAGGGUCUAGCCGUGCUCGAAGCGCCAGUGGAAACAUGUCUCUAGGCUCAAAUACCGCCACCCCCACCCGUCCUCCGCCGAUCAACACCAACGUCCCCAACCCCAGUCUUUGCACACCUUCUCAUUCGAGAACUCGUCGCAGUCCAACUGAACGAGCCGAAACGCCUGGUGGACCCGUCCUCCUGUGGCCAGCGAAUGGAGGUCUACCCAUCCCUCCUCCACCCCUUGCUCCGGCAUUGUUCCCUUGCUCUCCGGCUAACGCCACGCCUGAUUUCGCGCCUCAGCAUAUCGCGCCUGUCGGCGGGGUUCCGGGUUCAGGCCUUCGAUUGGGUAACCUGCUUCUUGACGAAGAGGAUGACGACGAUGACGUCGAUAUGGAGGACUCAUCCACUGCGCAUGGACAUGGGGGCGAACGUGGUUACUUGCCUGUAUUUCUAGAGGCCGAAGGCUUUAGAUCGCAAGGUCGAGAAUGGUGAUUGGAGCGAUACUUGGCAUCUCAUAUCUACAAUCACCCAUAUUUCCGACGACUGUCUCUCUCACUCUCAUCUUGGAAUUGGAUUUCGCCUUGACGGCGAUCAACCCUAUCAUUUUGUAUCAUGAACCCUCACGUGCCAUCUAUAGAUGAAAA